AUGGUCUCAAGUUUUCGCGCUCUCUACAUUUCCGAGAUUCUCUCAGAAAUCACAUCCCAGCUAGAGGAUGAUAGGCAGUCCCUUUCAUGUCUUGCACGUUGUUGCAAGGCAUUCUCAGACCAAGCUUUGGAUGUCCUGUGGAAGCGGAUGAGCCUUUUCUGUCCUUUCAUUCCCCUUCUGCCCCAAAAAGUUUUAACACUUUGGGUGGAAUACCAGUUCAGCGCAGAGAGUAUCGCGGGUUUUCAAUGUCCCCCUAUGCAUGAGUGGCGAACGUUUGACGCUUAUGCUAGGCGUGUGCGGAUUUUAUACAGCGGCGCCUCGCACUUCCUCGCAGGUGUGGCCACCAUCCGAGCAGACUGUAACGUCUUCCCCUUCCUUCGAUCCAUAACGAUGCAGCUUCAGGAACCUAUACACCCAGGGAUCCGGCUAUUUCCCGAAACACUGCAAAGGUUGCAAAUUUCGGGCCCCGCAUACAUCAAUUGCAAAGAUUCCUGCAUCCAAACUGCUCUUGCGCACGCAGCGCGCGAUGCACCCUUCCUGAAACAUCUGCACGUCGAAGACUACAGCUACAACAGUGACCGCCUGGACACGCCACCCCUGCAUUUCAAACACUUGCGAAGCGCCGAGAUAUCCGCAUUCAUCAGCUCUAAUGUCCUUGGAUCAUUAUGUCGUGUGCUUUCGCAAUCACCCGUGAUCGAGCUCAAGAUCGAGCUUCCUCCUACUAGCUGUAUAUGGGAUACUCCACAAUCCCUCUUCCCAUAUCUGGAGAAGCUGGAGAUAGGCGGUACCCCUGCGCUUGCGGAAGCCUUCAUCACGAAUGUUUCCAGUCCGUGUGUCCGCUCGCUGACUGUCAAGCACAGUCGUGGGCCCGCACGACUGACAGACUGCAGCCGGUUAUUCUCUACCAUCGUGAAAAAGUACAGCUCAUCACUGCAGUCGCUAUCUCUCACAAUCAGCCGCUCGCCAGUACUCCAUAAUCACGAUGGCGUGGCGCAUGAUAUAAUGGAUGCGCUGUUCCCUUUGAUGCCGAAUUUCGAGCACUUGGAGGAACUUCAUUUAUCAUUGCCCAGCGCAACUCAAGUUGACGACUACCCUGCUGUUGAAGUGUCUGGUUGGCCAGCUCUGAGGCGGGUAGAGUUUAUGGCCACAUGA